AUGACGCAAGCAGACGUUAAAGUAGCGUUCGUCAGUAACCUCAAUGGGACCACCCUAACAGAAGUGUCUCUCGGAUCUGUCCUCGCACCGCUUUGCGUUCUCAACAGAGGACUGUGCCUGAUCCUCCACCACCUCUGUAAAGGUGUUCUCCCCUUCACUUGGCCAGUCCACCUGUUUCUGGAUUUCACCCUGGUGAUUUUCCCCUUGGUGGUAUCAUGCACUGUGCUUAGUGAUGUUCUUCAUUUUGUUAUCAUGGGCUUAGCAGUCUUUGACUUUGCUUUGCUUUGCCUUGUGUAUUGGAAUAAAAAGCUACCAUCUCAAGCACCUCUUCACAAAGUAGUCAAGAACUUUUUAGAGAGCAACGCCCAGGCUGGUCUGGUUCCUUUUGUCACUGUGUUUCGUGUGCUGAUCAAUGCGAAGACUGCUAUAAGCAUCUUGGCUGUAGAUUUUGCUGUGUUUCCAAGGCGAUACGCCAAAACAGAGACCUAUGGGACUGGGGUUAUGGACUUUGGCGUGGGGGCGUACGUGGUGGCAAAUGCAUUGGUCUCCCCCGAAGCUAGAUGGAAAGAGGUCCACGGGUCAAAGAUGAGACACAUUGUCAAACAACUCCUCUCUGUCUGGCCCCUGGUUCUGCUUGGGUUUGUGCGGCUGGUGAGCGUUAAGUCGACAGGGUAUCACGAACACGUCUCAGAGUACGGGGUCCACUGGAACUUCUUUUUCACGUUAGCCAUCGUCCGAGUGAUGGCUUCUGCGUUCCUGACCGUUUUUCCCGUCAGAGGUUCGUGGCUCCUCGCCCUGCUGAUUGGUGGGCUCUACCAGGUUGCCUUGGAAACAACAGAACUCAAGUCCUUCCUCGUACGCAGCGGCGAGAGAGCUGGUUUUCUGCAGGCCAACAAAGAAGGGCUUUUCUCUGUUGUGGGUUACAUAGCAAUCUAUAUAGCAAGUGUUCAGGUUGGGCAUUAUCUUAUGCAGGUGAGAACUUUGGUCAAAGAUUGGAUUAGGGCAAUCCGGAACCUUCUGUUUGGUAGCUUUGUUUUAUGGAUGGCCUUGUACAUUUGUCAAAUGUACAUAGAGCCAGUAUCACGGAGAAUGGCAAAUCUCCCCUUCUGUAUCUGGACACUGGCCCAGUCUUUGUUUUUUCUGACUUGUUUAGGCACGGCUGAUGUAGUCCUACUGUUUUCCAAAACGCUGUCUAGUUUUUCGCUUGUGUCCUCCUCUUGGAAUCCAGCGAAAACUGACAAGUUUGGAGCAGCGCAGACAGAAGGGAAGCUAAGAAGGGACAUGGAUAGGUUAUGCCUUCUACAGGCUGUUAACCGUAAUCAGCUGUUGUUUUUUCUCCUUGCCAAUCUAAUGACCGGACUGACAAAUAUAAUUGUGGACACUGUUGAAAGUGAUCAUUUCUUUGCUGUGUGUGUGUUGCUGUCAUACAUGUUUAUGAACAGUUUGGUCAUAUUUAUUUUACACAUUAAAAACAUAACAAUAAAAUUUUGGUAA